GCCGGCCCGCAGCGCGCAGGCGCCUUGGUGCUGGCCGGGACCACACACUGGGACUUUUCUGGUCCGGACUCUGGGCGGACGGUGGCCGGGAGGGCCCGGAACUAGGCGUGCGUUCGUGCCCUGCGUUCCCGGUUGUCGUCCCCGGCGCCAUGCGCUACAACGAGAAGGAGCUGCAGGCGCUGUCCCGGCAGCCGGCCGAGAUGGCGGCUGAGCUGGGCAUGCGGGGCCCCAAGAAGGGCAGCGUGCUCAAGCGGCGCCUGGUGAAGCUGGUGGUCAACUUCCUCUUCUACUACCGCCCGGACGAGGCCGAGCCCGUCGGCGCGCUGCUUCUAGAACGCUGCCGGGUCACGCGCGAAGAGCCACGGAGCUUCUCGCUCGGCUUCGUGGAGGACCCGGAGAGGAAGUACCACUUCGAGUGCUGCAGCGAGGAGCAGUGCCAGGAGUGGACGGAGGCCCUGCGGCGGGCCAGUUACGAGUUCAUGCGAAGGAGCCUCAUCUUCUACAGGAAUGAAAUCCAGAAGAUGACAGGCAAGGACCCCUUGGAGCAGUUCGGCAUAUCCCAGGAGGCCCGGUUCCAGCUGAGCAGCCUGCCCAAGGACGGGCGGCCGGCAGGCAUCAGCUCUCAGCUGGAUGUGCUGGGCUGACUGCCUGGACUCCUGGGGAGGAGGGGGUCUCUGGCUUCCCGGCCCCCUCAAAUGCCUCAGGCCCUGGUGUGCCGUGUGCACCCAAGUCCUGCUGAAUGUAGAUGCCAGAGUGUGCUGUGAAGGGGCCAGUUAGGCCCCCUACCCCGGGGUCCCCAGUUUUUUAUGUUCCAAUAAAGGGACCUUUCCCAAGCCCACCCAGGAUGGACUGAAUGAGGCACCUGGCAAGCUUCCUUCUGCCCAGGCCCCCACAAAGCUGUGUUCCGGCCAGACGCAAGUGAAAACCAUCUUUAUUAACAGCGGCUACACGACAAAGUGCAGUGGGGGUGGGGCAACGGACGGGGCUUCGAGACCACAGAGCCCAGGCGGAAACAGCCGCCAUACCCAGGAGGGCUUCCCAGCACGGGAGAUAAAUAAGGGGGGGAGUGGGUCUUAAAUAAAUUGGACAGAGCGAGA